AUGGCCCUGGGAAACCCACCUCUUCCCAUCCUGCGCCAGCGCCGCUGUCCAAGGUGUGUGACGUGCGGCGGCGCCUCCCUUGCACGGCCUGCUCGCCUGCAGGUGUGCGGCAAGCGGGGCCACAGCGCCGGGUUUGUGGGCGCCAAGUACGUGGACUGCCCCAACAAGCCCUGCUACCUGUGCGGCAAGCAGGGGCACAGCACGAUGACCUGCCCCUUCAGGCAAGCGCUGCUUCCUGGGAUGCAGGCUGGGGCGGGGCAAGCCGUGCUGGGCGCGCUGCGCAAGCGCGAGCAGGGCGGGCGGCCGCCGCCGCCGCAGGCGCCGCCGGCGCGGCGCUGGCAGGUGGAUGCCGCGGUGCUCAAGCUGCACUCCAGGCGCACAACAUGCCUGGAGUUCCACCCCACGCUGGACCACCUGGUACUGUCGGGAGACAAGCGCGGGCAGAUCGCGGUGUGGGACCAUCACAAGGUGUAUGAGCGCACCCUGUACUCCUCCAUUAACCGCUGGCUCACCAACCAGCUGCGCUUCAUGCCGGGGGGCGACGCCUGCGCCUCCUCCUCCUACGACGGCACAGUCAAGGUGUUUGAUGUGGAGACCGGGUGCGCCACCGUGCUGUACGACGCCAACCCUCAGGGGUGGGAGGGGGUGGAGGCGGAGGCGGCGGCCAACACCUGGGUGACCAUCAUGGGCAUGGAUGUGGUGCGCUCGGCGGGCGCCAUCGUGGCGGGAGACAACUUUGGGCGCCUGCAUUUCCUGGACCCGCGCCUGCGCAGCCCCGUGGCCAGCAUGCAGCUGCACAAGAAGGGCAGCAAGGUGCGGUGUUGCGUGCAUGCCAACCCCGUGGACAGCAACCUGGUGAUGAGCGCGGGCAACGACUACUGGGCGCGCGUGCUGGACAUACGCUGCCUCGCGGCGGUGGGGGGCGGCGCGGGCGGGUCCCCCGCUGAGCUGGCGUUGCUGCAGCACACCAAGGUCGUCAAUGCCGCCUACUUCUCGCCCAUCACAGGCCGCAAGAUCCUCACCACCUGCCAGGACAACCGGCUGCGAGUGUGGGACUAUUUGUACGCCACGCAGCAGGCACGACCACGCCGCCGCUGGGGGCCACCCCAGCGCCUCCCUUGCCGUCGCCGCUGCCCCGCGGACCGCGAAAUAGUCCACAGCCAGAACUUCAACCGAUACCUGUCCCCCUUCAAGGCAGAGUGGGACCCAAAGGACCCUGCCGAGCGGCUGGUGGUGGUGGGCAGGUACAUCAGCGAGGACUUUGGCGGCCUGGCGCUGCACCCUGUGGACCUGCUGGAUGCAUCUACGGGCGCGCUGGUGGGCGAGCUGACUGACCCCAACCUCACCACCAUCUGCCCUGUCAACCUGCCUCACCCACGCCUGGACCUCAUCGUGAGCGGCAGCAGCAGGAGCCUGUACGCCUGGCGGCCAGCCCCUGAGGAAGAGGAGGAUGAGGAGGAG